GUGUGUGUUUUUAGAUUUUCUUCUUCGUUUUUUUUAUUCAAUGAUGAAUACAAAAACAAAUAAAUUAUUAAAUCAUAUUCGUACAGAUAAUUUAGAUUGGUUUGAACUAAAUGCCGAAAAUUUAUUAUCAUUAAAUCAAAUUGUACAACAAAAAUAUGGUUCAUCAUUAAUACAUCUUUGUGCACAAUAUGAUUCAUAUCGAAUUGGUCAAUAUUUAUUAUCAUCAUCCACCACCAACACCACCACCACCACCAAUACUAUUCCUUGGUUAUUGAAACGUGAUUCGGAAGGUAAAACACCAUUACAUACUGCAUGUACAUUUGGUUCGAUACGGAUUGCAAGAAUUUUUCUUGAAAAUAAUAAUGAUCCAAAUAAUCAAAUUAUAAAUGAAUUUAAACGUGGUGAUUGGACAUCAUUAAUGAUUGCUGUAAUUAAACAAAAUAUUCAAUUAAUAAAAUUAUUAUUAUUAGAUUAUCAUGCUGAUGAUUGUAUUAGAAAUAAAGAUGGUUGGACUUGUUAUCAUUUGGCUAUACGUACCGGUAAUUUACAAUUAAUUCAAUUAUUAUUCGAACAAAAACCAUCAAAUUGGUGGCCUGAACCAGUUAAUAAUGGUCGUAAUCUUAUGCAUAUUGCAGCUAUUAAUGGACAUUCCAUGGUAUUUGAAUUUCUAACCGCACGUCUUAUUGAAUCUGAUCAUCAAGAAUUAAUAAAUUCGGUUGAUAAUUGUGGCAUUACACCAUUAAUGGAUGCAGCACGUAUUGAUUGUUUAGAUAUUUUACAGAAAAUACUUACAAUAAUCGGUUCAAAAUGUUUGAAACAUUUAGAUAAUUGUCAACGAAAUCUAUUACAUCAUUGUGCACAAUCAAAUGCAUUGAAAACAAUACAAUUUCUUUAUGAUAAUUAUCCAUCAUUGCUGUCAUCAUCAUCAUCAUUGAUUAAUCAUUGUGAUCAUUGGCAUCAAACACCAUUAUUUUUAGCCAUUCGUGAAGGUCAUCGAGAAUCCAUCGAAUUAUUAAUCCAAUUUGGUAGUCGAAUUGAUCAAAAAGAUAUAAAUGAUCGUACUGUUUUCGAUAUUUGUCAACAAUUUCAUAAUCAACAUUUAAUGGAUUUGAUUCGUUUAAAAUCCAAUUAAAAAAUUAUCAUCAUCGUUCAAUAGAUGGCGUUAUUGUUUUUCCUCAAAACAUUCGAAUUUGGAUUUGAUUUUUGGAAA